GUCACUCAGCCCUGGAGGCUCCCUCUGCCUGAGGGCUCAGUCCCCUGCUGCCUGGCCCUGACCCGCAGGACAAGCACAGAUAAGGCUCAGGGAACAAAAGCAAAAGGCAGGGCUGCCGCGGAAGCCUGUCCACCAAUCCUCACCUCUCACCUCUGUGCCCAGCCUACCGGGAAAUGUUCCAGGCUCUGGCCAAGUCCAGUGCAGCCCCAGGUCCCCAAGCGGCAGGUUGGGUGCAGACCAUGGCCUCUCACAAGCUGCUGGUGCCCCCGCCCAAGGCCCUGCUCAAGCCCCUCUCCAUCCCCAAGCGGCUCCUGCUGGGGCCCGGUCCCUCCAACCUGCCUCCUCGCAUCAUGUCGGCCGGAGGAAUGCAGAUCAUCGGGCCAAUGGACAAGGAGAUGUACCAGAUCAUGGACGAGAUCAAGGAAGGCAUCCAGUACGUGUUCCAGACCAGGAACCCGCUCACACUGGUCAUCACUGGCUCCGGACACUGUGCCCUGGAGGCCGCCCUGGUCAAUGUGCUGGAGCCUGGGGACUCCUUCCUGGUCGGGGUCAAUGGCAUUUGGGGGCAGCGAGCCAUGGACAUCGGGGAGCGCAUGGGAGCCCGAGUGCACCCAAUGACCAAGGACCCUGGAGGCCACUACACACUGCAGGAGGUGGAGGAGGGCCUGGCCCAGCACAAGCCGGUGCUGCUGUUCUUGACCCACGGGGAGUCGUCCACCGGCGUGCUGCAGCCCCUUGACGGUUUUGGGGAACUCUGCCACAGGUACAAGUGCCUGCUCCUGGUGGAUUCGGUGGUAUCCCUGGGUGGGACCCCUCUCUACAUGGACCAGCAAGGCAUCGACAUCCUGUACUCGGGCUCCCAGAAGGUCCUGAACGCCCCCCCAGGGACCUCGUUCAUCUCCUUCAGUGACAAGGCCAAAAAGAAGAUGUACUCCCGCAAGACGAAGCCCUUCUCCUUCUACCUGGACAUCAAGUGGCUGGCCAACUUCUGGGGUUGUGACGGCCAGCCCAGGAUGUACCAUCACACGAUCCCCGUCAUCAGCCUGUACAGCCUGAGAGAGAGCCUGGCCCUCAUUGCGGAACAGGGCCUGGAGAACAGCUGGCGCCAGCACCGCGAGACCACAGCGUAUCUGCAUGGGCGCCUGCAGGCACUGGGGUUGCAGCUCUUUGUGAAGGACCCAGCGCUCCGGCUGCCCAUGGUCACUACCGUAGUUGUGCCCGCUGGCUAUGACUGGCGAGACAUCGUCAGCUACGUCUUGGACCAUUUCGACAUUGAGAUCAUGGGCGGCCUCGGGCCCUCCGCAGGGAAGGUGCUGCGGAUCGGCCUGCUGGGCUGCAAUGCCACCCGCGAGAAUGUGGACCGCGUGACGGAGGCCCUGGGGGCGGCCUUGCAGCACUGCCCCAAGAACAAGCUGUGACCUGCCUGCUGGCACACACCCGGCCCAUGCCCACCCCGAGGGAUCAGGAGGAUCAGGAGCAAGCAGACCCUGCAAGGUCCCCCAGGCCUGGGGACAGGAAAGCCACGGACCCAGCCCGGGAGGCAGAACCAGGCAGCCCUUUUCCCUCCAGUGGCACCUCCUGGAAACAGUCCACUUGGGCGCAGGACCCAGUGCCUUCCAAAUGAGCGGCAGUUCCCCGGCCGUGAGCCUCCCGGGAAUGUUUAAUAAAAGGCCUGGCCACCUCUUCUCAC